CGCGCUGAAGACGCCGCCGCUAUACCGUUUCCGUACGCCAGUCUCGGACAUAGCGUCCCAUACACCGACCGCUACAUAAAGACGCGUGCGGAACUUCUUCCGCUAGAUUGGACUCGAAAGUGCCAAAGUCAAAAGAUACGAGAUGAGGUCGUUGUUAUUAUUAGCUGCGGUAUGCUGCUUAGUUUUCUCAGCAUGUGGAAGCCCUGUCGCUAGGUACGACGAAGGUCAAGAUAAGGAACUUAGCAGACAAGCAGCGGCAGCGCCUGCACCUGUCGCCGCCGCAGCGUCCAGUGAUGAUGAUGACGACGACGACGAUGAUGAAGAUGAUGAUGAAGGAAUCGGCUUAGGAGGUGAUGAUGAAGACGAUGAAGAGGAGGAUGACGAUGAAGAAGAAGCUGACGACGAGGAGGACGAUUAUCUCGAAAGAUUCUUUGAUGACAUUUUGGGAGGAGGUGAAGACGACGAUGAUGACGACGAACCAGCAGCCGCUCAGCCAGUCGUAGCAUCAGCAGAUACAGUUGCUGCCGCACCAGCACCUGCCGCUGUAUCGUCUUCAGUCGAAGAAGUCGCUGCUGCAUCCGAGGAGGUUGCAGAGGCUGUUGAAGGCGAGGCUGCUGCUGCCACAGACAGUGCAGACGAACCUGAAGCUGGACAAAAAGAACCAACCAGCGCUGAAGUUGACAGUGCAGUAGCAGCAAGUUCAGAAGUUGCCGCCCCUACUGAAGAGGACGAUGAAGAUGAUGACGAGGAAGGAAUAACAGAUGCGUUUGAGCCAGAAGAUGAUGAAGAUGACGAGGAAGAAGAAGAGGAAGAUGACGAUGAUGAAGAAGACGAUGAUUUAUCAGAUGCACUCGGCAGGAAUAUUUCUGCUAAAAAAGCACGUGCGAUGUCGGACGAGCCUUUGAAAAAGCCAGCUCCGGUUCCCGCGGUGUACAUUGUUAAAUACAAUAAAUUUGUGGAUAAUAUUCUUGAAAAGAUGAACGAUAUUUUGAGGCGAUCUUACGACCCAGUCAACGUUAAGUUGCAACCAAUUGAUGCUAGCAAGAAAACCUCAAAGCCAAAGAAGAACAAAACAAAAACAAACAAGAGGAAAAAUGCCAAUAAAAAGAAAAACACUGCACGUGGAGGAAUUACCGAGAAGUCCCAUGAUAACAAUAUACCCGAAAAACUCGAAACGAAUAAAAUCGAGGAAAACUUUAGCGGAGUUAAACCAGUCUCUGUUAACGAACUGAAUGCGUCAGAAACGAGAGUUUUAAAAGAGAAAUCUGGAAAUGAAAGUAGUAAGGCUAAACCGACGACAACGAAACCUAAGCCUCCGACUAAGGCAACUAAGCCUAAGCCGAAACCGCCAGUGAAAGCUCCUGCGAAGCCAACUAAGAAGCCUGCUAAGAACAAGGUGAAAACAAGUGAAAAGAGCAAACCGAGAGCAAAAGGCACGCUGUAUGGUCUGUCUUCGUUGAGAAGGACCGGUGACGUCGCUGUCAGCAUUAUGACAGAUUUGACAACAAUUAAAAGUAACUUUGCAGUUGGUCCAUUGAUACUGAGAGUGGAGAAAGAAGUGAACCGUGGAGCGAAGAAGGAACUUAAGUCAGCUACUGCAACAACGGCGGAAAUGACCGGAAAGAUAACGCUUAGAGUUAACAAUCAAGGAGUUGCUUCUUUACAUUCAAUCAAAGUAUUGCAACCUAAGCAGGUGCGUGUAGACAGUAAUCACGAGCGAACGAGAGAGCUGGUGUGGCAGCGCAGUGCACGAAUCGCUCACGUCGUCUCUGAAAAGUUGAGAUCCGCCUCCAAACCUAUGUUCGUUCAUCAGAGUGUUGUGAGGCAGUAAUAGUUCACUUAUUUAGUUAUAAUUGAUUCGAUACAAGCAUCGUUAUAAGACUUAUCCAUAUAAGAUAGUACUUUCACUUUAAGGCAUAAGUGUAGUUAGGGGAACUACUUAGAAACUUUUUUACCCCACACAUUUACAUUGAUACAUUGAUAGUAAAUAAUGAUUUAAUGUUUAAGUUUUAAUAACUUUCAUCUUGUUAGUAAUUUAAAGGAGGGUGAUUACCCUUAUUAAAAUCAGUUGUAGGUACGACUGUCCCCCCAGGUAAAACAGCUUGCUCCGCCGAUGGGAGAGAGUGAUAAAAGUCUUAAGAUUUUAAUGAAAACGGAAAAUUAGUAUCAGUGUACGUUUUAAUAUUAGUAGAUGAAAGUAAUAAUCAUAAUAAUUACAUAUCUUACAGUUGGCUGAAGGCGUAACAUAACUAGGUAGGAAGGUACUAAUGUAUUUUUGUCGUUUGUAUGUGAAGAUGUUAUAAUUAACUCUUGGAUUUUUUAAGUACAAAGUUACUAGAAUCGAAGAUUAUGUAAUUUCAUUUAAUUACUAUUGGGUUUAGUGAUAAUAUAAUUGUUUGUAUCGAAUCGAAGUUAGGAUAUACAUUUAUUUGGUUGGGAUUAGGCACAUGGAUAAGAAAAGAUAGUUAACGGUGGAUUAAUAGUUAGCGAUUUGCUAUUUAUUUUAAGUGUUUGGAUACUCAAUGUAUUUAAGUCAUAAUAUGCAUUUAUUUUUAAUAACUUCUGGUGCUAUAAUAUAAUAAAUAUUAUUACAAUUA